AUGGUGAAAGUGAAAGUUACUUCGCCGGAGUCUCCCAAGCGCCACUCCACCGGCCGCUUCUUCGUCACCAUAUCAUCGAUUCUGACUCUGCUCACACGGCAAGCAGGCCGUUUAAGAGCAAAGGCGAAAGCAUCUCCGAUUAAAGACGAGGAGUGGAGAGUCGAUCAUAAGGCGCCGAAAUCGCCGAUGGCGCGACCGAAGGAGCUUCUGAGCAGCAUAAGCAACAAAGCGAUGUUGCAGUUCGGGAAGAAGAAGAAGCAGGGAGGAGGAAGGGAUGAGGAGGUAGAAGGUUGGGGAAACGGCGGCGUUUGGCAGAAGGAGAUAUUGAUGGGAGGAAAGUGCGAGCCGUUAGAUUUCUCCGGCGUAAUUUACUACGAUAUUAACGGUAAACAAACGCGCGAAGUUCCUCUCAGGUCUCCACGCGCUAGUCCUUUGCCUGGUUAUCUCACUCGCCGUUGA